UCGCCGCGUCACUCGAGCACCGCGCCACACUGCGGCGCCGCUCUCGCCUCGCCGAUGGCGAACCCGACGAGCCGCCACGCGGAACCCUAGCGGUGAACUGGAGGCGGUGCUGCACUCCCGCGCCAUACCUUCUGCCCGGACGCCGCCGCCGCCCCGGGUUCUCCACCUCGAGUUCUGCAGACAUUUCGAAUAGGCGAAGAGGGGGGAUCCGGCCUUGGGAGGCGCCAUGGCGAGCGAGCCGAAGGAGAUGAAGUACAGGAGGAGGGCUAGGGUUCCUGAGCCAGCCGAUUACGAGCAAUGCAGCGAUCGGAGUGGCGCGCUGGAUUGGGGCGCUCUCAAGCAGGACCCCGUGGAGCUGCUCCGGAAGCUCGACGAGAUACGGGACCAGAUCACCCGCUCCUGCGAGCUCAUGGGUCAGCCUCCGGAGCGCAACCGUGUGAACCGCCGCGCUGUCUCGCUGCGCCCCUCGCACGCUGAACCGCCGCACCGCGUGAACCGCCGCGCUGUCUCGCUGCGCCCCUCGCACGCUGAACCGCCGCCGCCCACAGGCCGUGGGCCGGAGUACUACCGAUCGCGCUACACAGGCAGCAGGUACGGGACUAGCUUGCCGCCAAGUCCGUAUGACAAACUGCAGCGCUCAGUGUGUGACGAGAGGUAUGCGAGGGAGCCGAGUGGGCGGUUCCGGCAGUACCCUGAGUGGCAGUGGGAGAACUCUGGUUUUGUUCAGGGGACUCGACAUCUCAGCACUUGCCAGUGCAGGCAGUGCCUUCAGGGCCAGCGGGCGGUGGCACCAGAGGAGCACAUUCCAAUGGCCAGGUACUUUGCAGGGCAGCAGGGAUCCUUCCGGUUCGAUAGGUCGCACUCCAUCUCAUCGGAGUAUGACCGAAGAUCUCUGGCUUCAUCGUUGUACUCGCACCUUUCGAUGUCGAAGAGGAGGGUGGAGUAUUUCAGGAAGAAGGCAGAGAGUUUUUGUCGACCGAUGAAGGGUGCUUCACCUUUUGUUGUGUGCAGCUCUUGUUGCCAGCUUCUGCAGCUGCCUCCUGGGAAAUGCACAACUCGGAAGAAGAAUGAGGUUCAGUGUGGUUCCUGUUCAGAGAUUAUUACUUUCAAGCCUAAGGAAGUGAAAGUCCAUCCGUUGAUCCCGCCAUCAUCCUUCCCUGUAUCAAAAAGUGUCAGAAGUUCCAGUCGCCGGGAUCCCAAAAGUUUUCAGUGGUAUCAACAUCAGGAUGAUGACAAUUUUAAUUUCUACAAGCUGCAAGCACACGACAGCCAUCGACAGAAGAAGGAUUUUUCUGACAGUAUAUCGCCAUCUUCUACUGCGAGUUAUGGUAGGACAGACAGUGAGCGUGGGUCAAACAGGAGCAUUCAGUUAAAUUCAGUGUCUGUUGGCAGGUCUAGAUUUUCAGAUAACCCAAAGGAUAUACUGUGUCAAGGAGAUACAGACAGUCCAGUUGAAGCUUCAGCACAAUGUACAGUCAGUCCACACGGACCAAUUUUAGAGGACAAAAAAAUUGAUCCAUCCUCCAGUCAACGGAAAAAUUAUAGUGGUGGAGAUCAAAUCAGAAGCAAGGAAUUUGGCAUAAAUAGCAAAGCAGGUUAUGAAUCCAAUGCUAGAGAUGAAAGGAUUGGUAUGAAAUGCAUACAUAAGAGUAAAGAAGGCCGUAAGGACGGGCUUGGAGAUGAAUGCAGUAAUCAAACAUAUGAUCAAAACAGUAGGGAAGGUAAUGUUGACAAUCCUGGAAAUGGAAUCGUGGGUAACAAAUACAAACAGAAGAUCAAUAGUGAUGUUACCAGCAGCCUUGAACAUGAAGGUGUGAGCACAAGGUAUGAACAUAAUAGUAGCUUUCGAGUUCAAGGUGCUAAUAAGGGAUACGACGUAUACAACAAAAAGGAUAAUAAUAACAAUACUCUUGGAGUUGGGAGCGUAACUAAGAGGUGUGAACAAGAGAACAUGAAAGAUGAUUGUGUCAAAUUGCUGCACUCAAAUAGUAAAAAUGCCAACACACUAGCCAGGAAUGGUUCAUCAGUCAAUGAGCGCACAAAUUCUAGUUCUCGUUUUUCAUCUGAGGCUGAGGUAGGUGAGAUACAGUCUUCGACUGGUAAGAAUGGGGAUUCAUCCUUCCUUUCUGGUUUUCUGAAGAAAGGUUUCAAGGACCUUUCUUUAUUCAGUCAGUCUGUAGACAACACUAAGGUUUCGAUCAAUGGUCAUCCAAUCUCUGAACGUGCUCUCCGGAAGGCAGAGAAGAAAGCUGGUCCUGUUGGCCCUGGUUCAUAUUGGUACGACUACCGUGCUGGAUUUUGGGGUGUCUUUGGGCGAGAGUGUAGCGGCAUCAUCCCUUCAUUUAUAAAAGAAUUCAACUAUCCAAUGCCCAAGGAUUGUGCUGGUGGGAAUACUGGAGUUUUUGUCAAUGGCAGAGAACUCCACCAGAAAGAUUUCGAUUUGCUUGUAGGAAGAGGGCUCCCACGCAUAUCUGGAAAGUCAUAUUCUGUUGAGAUAUCAGGAAAUGUGAUCGAUGAUACAACUGGCAAAAAGUUACGUGGUCUUGGAAAGCUUGCUCCCACAAUUGAGAAAAUGAAACGUGGCUUUGGCAUGCACACCCCUGAAGAGACAAGUUAGCUCUCUGGAUAUGAUGAUGUUUCUCUGCUUUGCUAAUGUUCUUCACCUAAAAGCUGGCAAUGGGAGUUGAAGUUUGUUAAUCUGGUGACAAUGGAAGAAGCCUUUACCAUCAUUUUGUGAAGCCUGAUCGCUCGUUGUUACAAUAGAACUGCAGAAGUUGAAACAAUGUGACUUUCCGAUAUCACAACUCAUACUCAUUCAACAUCACCCUACAGAUUCCAUUCCUUUACUUGAAAUAUUCUUUAGAGAUAUUCUCAUGGCGGCAGCUCCAGCCUCUGAUUCCUCAUGUGUCUUUGUUCUGCGAGAAUUGAAUUCUUCCUAUUUCUGUACAUUUUGUUUGCUUGUGUUGUUGGUACAAUUUGCCAGAACGUAGAUAGCAUUUGGCGCAUGUAAUCAUUAUGGGUUUGUGAUAUAGUGGUGCAAUUCUUCUGCAAUAUAGUGUACCUAUAUGUAAAUAUUUAACUCUUAGACCACCUCCCGCUAAGUGGCUAAUGUGAAUGAAUGUCUGAUGGCUUUUUGGCUCACCUAAUAUUUCAU